GAGAGAGAGAGAGAGAGAGAGAGAGAGAAGAGAGAGAGAGAGAGGGGCCAGGAAGCCAAGAAAAGGCCCAAUUUUUUUUCCUCUCUCUGCGAAGGGCAACGUUGCUUAGGAUCAUUCCAUCCGAUCCUCGUCUCCGCUGCCGCCAUUUUCCAGAACCCGAAGCAACGUUUUCCUCCAGAGGUACGGCCCUUCCGCUCUCCCCGAAAUCCUAUUUCCCCUUGCCCCGAUCUUCUUCCCUCCCUCUCAUUCACCCUUCUGCCUCUCCUUCUUCCCUUGUUCGAUUCCUGUUUCUGUUUCCGUUUGCUUCUGUCGUGGGGUUUCUAUAGUCGAUCCGGUAAGGUUUGAUCUUCGCUCCGAAACGCACAACCGAGUCCAAAGUGUCGAGAUCCAGAAGGUGCUGUUAUUGGUGUGGAUUCUCUAUUUGGCUGGCUAUUUGCAGCUUCGCUUCUGCGUCCUAAUUAGGGUUUUAAUAGUAGCUUCCAGGGGUUUUUGGUGGUUUGGUCCCUAGAUUUAGGGCAUAAAGGGGCGGGGUCUAUCUAUUCAUUCGGUUGCGAGGGUGGUCGGGGUAGGCCGGCUUCGCCGUCGGUGAUUUUUCAUGCUGUGGCGGAGCGCAGCCAUCUGCGAAUGGCGAACCCGGGCGUUGGGAGCAAGUUCGUCUCUGUGAACCUGAACAAAUCUUACGGGAAGCCUAGCUCUUUGAACGGUGGGAAUGGGUUGGGCGGCGGUGGUGGAAGAGGGCGACCUUCCGGCCAUGGCGGUAUGGUUGUUCUUUCCAGGCCCAGAAGCUUGGGUUCCCCCGGGCAAAAGGGCCCUCGCCUCGCGGUACCACCCCCCAUGAACCUGCCGUCUUUAAGGAAGGAGCAUGAGAAGGCUGAUCCAUCUUCCAGCAGCCUGGUUGGCGUUGCUGGACCUGGGUUGGGCUCCACUUCAUCUAGUAUGGGAUGGAUGAAACCGCAUCCUUUACGGAAUGGUGAGGGCCAGGCAGGGCCGCUUCCGGAGCCAGGAAAAAUCGCAUCUGCUGGUUUGCCGGCUGGACAUCGCUUGGUGGGUUCCGGAAGGGAGGAUGCGAAUGGUAGGCCUGGUGUUUACACUCCACCAGGCGCUCGGGCUACUGGAGUUGAGGUGGCGGUUCCUCCUGCUGAUGGGCUUCAGAUCGUUGAGAAAGCGGUUGUGCUUCGAGGCGAAGACUUUCCUUCACUUCAAGCAUCUCUGCCGGGUCAAUCCCUCUUGCGGCAGAAGUUGCUGCAGAAGCAGAAGACAAAACAGAAUGAUGCCGCAUCAACGGAGCAGGUUUCGGAGCCCCUUGAUGGAGUGUCAGAUUUGUCGCUCUCGUUGGCUAUGCGCCCCCAGAUGAAGCAUCGAGCUAAUGCUGGUAGCUCAGGUGACAAUGGUGGGCCAGAUAGGAAGUCGGCAGUUCUGAAUGAUGUCGUGCAGACAAGGAAGGAUGAAGGCGUACUGCCUAGCCCCUUACCGAUGGUCAGAUUGAGUCACUCUUACGAUUGGGCGGAUGAUGAGCGCGACACCAGUUACCGGCCCGAACACAACCGAGAUCAUGGUUUCUCAAGAAGCGAGAUUCAUGGUAGGGAAAGAGAAUUUGAUGCUCCGUGGCCUGCAAUACCCCGUGGUAGUAGUAGCAAUGGUGGGUUUGAUCUGUACUCGUUUCACAAGGGUAGCUCAUUGAAUGCAUCAGCUUCGGAUCGAAAUGUUUGGGACACCACUCUUCUUGAUGCAGGGAGAGUUGCACCAAGGGACGCAAUCAAAGGAGACACGUAUGGCAGGGAACUACCGGGCAACAGAAAUGGGAGAGACGAAUACUUGUGGAAAGGCUUAUCUGUUCGAAAAGAUGGUCACUCUGCUAGAGAUGCACAAGUGGAUCAGACUGUAGGGGGUCAUACGCAGCCACGGCCACCGCUAACUUCAAGUAUCACAAGGGAUAAGAUUGAGCGAGGGAGGAACUCAUUGCAGGCAUCAACUAAGGAGAGUGCUUGGGAUGGUUCUGGUUUGUCUGCCAAUGUGCUCCCGGUUGCUAGGUUAAAAGAGUCUUCUACCACAGGUUCAUAUGGACAGAUUGGUCAGAAGGGGAGCCACUCCACGGAAGCAGUUGGUGGCAGGGGGACUGAACAAGGUUCUCAGAGCAAGCGAACUGAUCCUCCCAAUUGGCUUAGAGGUUCAACCCGUGCUGCUGUCCAAAAUAAUAUGACGUCUAGGUCCUCUUUUUCUCUGGGAACGAAAGGUUUCCCAAUUAAUGAUCCAAUUCUUAGUUUUGGCAAGGAAAAGCGUUUAUUUGCACAUAAUGGGAAAUCAUAUGUUGAGGAUUCUUUCAUGAAAGAUGUUACAAGUUCUACUUUUGAUGGUAGAGAUCCUUUUGCUCCUGAUAUAAAAGUAGUCAAGCGGAAGAAGGAUGUACUAAAGGCUGCCGACUUUUAUGAUCCAAUUAGGGAGUCAUUUGAGGCCGAACUUGAGCGGGUCCAAAAAAUGCAAGAGCAGGAGCGCCAGCGGGUGCUUGAGGAGCAGGCAAAGGCCCUGGAGCUUGCAAGAAAAGAAGAAGAGGAGAGGGAGAGGCUUGCUAGGGAAGAAGCAGAAAGGAGAAGAAAGCUUGAAGAAGAGGCCAGGGAAGCUGCUUGGAGAGCAGAGCAGGAGAGGUUGGAAGCUGCUAAAAGAGCUGAGGAGCAGAAGAGAGCUCGUGAGGAGGAAAAGAGGCAGAUGUUCCUGGAGGAAGAGAGAAGGAAAGAAGCUGCUAGACAAAAGCUUUUGGAGCUCGAAGCUAGGAUGGCAAGGAGGCAAGCUGAUCCUUCAAGCAAUGGAACAUUGAAGACAGCAUCUGAUAACUGUGUGCCUAUUUCAUACAAAGAAAAAAAACACUCAAAUGCUAUUGCUGCAGUUGAGUGGGAAGACAGUGAGAGGGUGGUCGAGAGGCUAACUAGCUCUGCAUCUUCUGAGUCAUCAAGCCUUAAUCGAUCCUCUGGUACAGCCUCUAGGCCUCAGUCUUCAAAGAAUGGUUAUGCUGUUGGCGCAGAGAGAACAAAAAGUGCAGGUUCUUGGAGAAGGGAUGUGUAUAACAAUGGCAGCAAUUCAUCGUUGUCUGCGCAAGAUAGUAGUCUAAAUAGCAAUGCAGUUCCUGGGGGAAGAAGCAUCUCGAGGAGAGAAAUACAUGGGGGACUUGAGCUUAUGCCAGAUACUGGACUCUUAAAAGGAGCUGUACCAGAAAUGCAGAUGACGGAUGACAUCUCUCAAGUAAAAGGGCAGAGAUGGAACUUUGCUCUAGAUGAUCACUAUAAUAGGGGUUUGGAUAAAGACGUUGAAUAUAUUGGGAAUUCAUUGGAGAAGUUCGGGGAUCUUGGGUAUGGACAAAGUCAUACUUGCGGUGGCAUGCAUGGGCCUUACCCAGAAAGAAUGUUUCAAAAUACUGAUAUGGAUGGGAUAUCUUUUGGCCGAUCACGGCAUUCUGUUAGGCAGCCCCGUGUCCUGCCACCUCCGUCACUGUCUUCCAUGAAUAAAAACUCGUUAGCUAUUAAUGUUGACCGUCCUAGCUCGUCAACUUCUGUAGAUGCCGAGUCCGAGCAACAACUUCUUGCACCACAUAAGGAUGCCAAAUUUUUUGAAUCAGAUUAUGGAGGCAGCACACAUCAGAACUCCGACAAAUCUGAUUUGAAGAGUAGAUCACUGGGUGAACCAGUAUCCAUGAAUCAAAAUGAGGAUAAGAAUAUGUUGGGUUGCGAUUCUCAGUCAUCCUUAUCUGUUUCAAGUGCACCUAACUCUCCAACCCAUCUCUCACACGAUGACAUAGAGGAUGGUGCAGAUUCAAAUGCUUCUCAUGGAGACUAUGGACAGAUAGUUAUUUCUGAGAAUGACAAUGCCUUUGUAUCAGAAGCAGCAGAAAAGGCUGUUUCAGCUGGUUCUGCAUCACCAGGUUCAGUAUCUCCCGGUGAAGAAGAUUGGAUAGUUGAAGAGAAUGAAGGAUCACAGGAACAAGAAGAAUAUGAUGACGUAGGGCAUGCCUAUCAAGAAGAAGAGGAAGUACAUGAAGAAAAUGAAGGGACCUUUGCCCUGGCCAAGGAUUUCAGAGAUCUGCGUCUUGAAGAGCAGAUACAAAAUACUGUGCUUAAUGAACCUGUUUUAGAUUUUGAAAAUAGUGCUGAUGAUGGGUUCACAAAGGACAAUGAUUUCAUGGAAGAAAGAGUUGAGUUUCAACAAAUUUCUCAUGAUCUUGCACCAGACUCAAGAUUGUCUGAGGUUUCACUUGUAGGAGAGGGUCAAAAUACCGAAAACAACCACCAACCAAAGAAUGUAUCUUCAUCGAUCUGUGAAACUGAAAAGUCACUUGAUGAUUUGGUUCCUCAGCCAGUGAGUGUUUCCAAUGCACAAGUACCACAUGCCAAGCAUAGUGAUGACAGGAUUGGGUCCUCUGAUUCUGUCUUAUCUGGUCAACAGCUCCGUACAUCAGCGGCGACCUCUGCAUCUUCUGCCCGAGCAGCAGAGGUGGCUCCAUCUGCAGUUUCAUCUGUCCAAGGCCAGACGGAGGUCCCUGUUCAGGUGCAGUUUGGUCUUUUUUCUGGGCCUUCCUUGAUGCCAUCACCAUUACCUGCCAUUCAAAUUGGAUCCAUUCGGAUGCCUCUGCAUCUACACCCACAAGUUGGAGCACCUCUUGGUCAGUUGCACCCUUCUCAGCCUCCCAUGUUCCAAUUUGGUCAGUUAAGUUACCCAGCACCGAUAACUCAAGGGGUCUUGCCAAUAGUUCCUCAAACGGUAUCUUUUGUUCAACCCACUAUUCCAUCACAUUAUUCUGUAGGCCAACAGGCGACAGUCUCUCUGCAUAGUCAGCCUACUCUUGAGUCUUCACGGAAAACACAUUCAACAGAUAAAAUCCCUGACGAUCAUCUGGAGAACAAGCAGUCCGUUGCAACAAAGCUUGUGAACUUAAGGCAUGGAAAUGCAACCAGUGAGAACACCUUGUCACCAAAAUUGAAUAAUAUGGAGUCUCUAGGUGAUAACCCUCACAGCCAUUCUGGCAAUUCAUUUUUUAAUGCCAAUAGCUUGCGGUCUGGAUUGCUGCCUAAUGCAGGGCAUCGGGUCAAUAAAGAUUUAGUCAUGAAAAAGGUACAUAGAGCUGUUAUUAAUAACAGAGAGUCCCGAGAUCAAAUUCACAGGGAGCCUAUCCUAUCUAAUAACUUCUGUGGUGAAAGGGCCACCAUCAUAAAUCCAUCUCUAAGCACAGUGUCUAAUGAUGGAGCAGGAAGAGUUGUCUACAGUGAUAAAAAUUCUGGUGCUGCUCUCCCAUAUCCAGUAUCCGAAAGUUCUCGUGUGGAAAACAAUGGCUUCAAGAGAAGGGGCCAGAGAACCAUCCGACGGACAGAGUUCAGAGUGCGGGAGAAUGUUGAUAGAAGGCAAACAAAUGCUUCAGGUUCUUCUGCUAAUGCUGGACAAGAAGUGUCGGCAUCCACUGUGAGAAUUUUCAAUACCUCUUCAAAGAGUGGGGGAAGGAAGGAUGUUGCACAAAAAGCCACCAAGCUAUCAGUUCGAUCUGAAACCUCUAUGAGUUCAGGCUACACUAGUUACCGAGCUAUUGAUUCUGAAGGCAAGGUAGGAAGAACAGUGGGUUCAGAAACAGAAUCAAAGAGACUUUCUUCAGAGAAGGGUCCUCGUUCUGCAGACAGAAAUCUCAAGAGGAACAUUGGACAUGAGGAGGAUGUGCAUGCUUCUUUGCAGAGUGGCGUAGUCCGUGUUUUCAAACAGGCAGGUAUUGAGACACCUAGUGAUGAAGAUGAUUUCAUUGAAGUUAGGUCAAAGAGACAAAUGCUAAAUGACAGGCGUGAGCAGAGGGAGAAGGAAAUCAAGGCAAAGUCUCGAGCUGUGAAGGGUUCUCGUAAACCUCGAUCUGUUUCAAAGAAUGAUGCAAGGUCAUCAAAUUCUAAUAAGUCCUCUCAAUCUUUGGUUGCUGAUGGUGGAUCAUCAUCAGCAAAUGGGCUUCAUGCCGAACCUGCCAUCCCUGAUGGAAGCAAUCUAACUCAAAAAAUUGGUGACUUGCCGCUGCCAAUCACUAGUCCUGUUGUAUCCCAGCAUCUGCCUCCAAUUGGAACGCCUACACUGCAUACUGAUGCCCAAGCUGAUAAAAGAUCCAUGAAUCCAAAGUCUCUUCAGUCAAAUACUUUCUCAACUAUGUCUGGUUGUGGUGGCCUAGUUCCGGGCUUGACAUUUGAAAAUAAUAAUGCUGCUCUGGACGACAUAUCAGCCUCUUUAGGAGCUUGGGGUAAUCUGUGUGUUAAUCAUCAUGUCGUGGCUUUGACACAGAACCAACUUGAUGAGGCUAUGAAGCCUGCAGGUUUUGAGGCUCGGGUGUCUCCCACAGUUGAUCAUGGUAGCUUGAUUUUGGAGGCUAGCAAAGGCUCAACAUCGAUUCUGGCACAGGAUAAAUCAUUCACUGCCUCAGCAAGCUCUCUUAAUUCACUCCUUGCCGGGGAAAAAAUUCAUUUUGGUGCUGUAACAUCACCCACCAUAUUGCCUCCUAGCAGCUGUGCUGUCUUGAAGGGUGGUGGUCCUGGUGGACCCCCUGGUUCGUGCAUGUCAGAUGUACCAAUUGAACAAAAGGUGCCUGCGACGGAGGGUGAUCAUAUGAGGUUAUUUGACAAAGCAACACAUUCUGAGGAGUCCUGUGUGCAGCUCGAGGAUCCUGAGGCUGAAGCUGAAGCUGCUGCUUCAGCAGUUGCCGUUGCUGCUAUCAGCAGUGACGAUCCAGUUGGCAAUGGAUUAGGUGCAGGUUCUGCAUCUGUUGCUGAUACAAAAAGCUAUGGUGGAGACGUCUCUGCAUUGACUGCUGGAGCGGUUGCUAGCAGUUUGCCAUUAUCAAGUCAAUCGAGAAGUGAAGAAUCCUUGUCUGUAGCUCUUCCUGCGGAUCUUUCUGUUGAGACUCCAUCCUUAUGGCCACCUUUACCGAGUCCCCAGAGCUCUUCUAGUCAAAUGUUGUCCCACUUUCCUGGGGCACCACAUUCUCAUUUUCCUUGUUUUGAAAUGAACCCAAUGUUGCGUGGUCCCAUUUUCACCUUUGGUCCACGUGAUGAAACAAGUAGUGGCCAUCUACAAGCUCAAAAGAGUAAUGCAUCUGGCUCAGGAUCUCUUGGUUCCUGGCAGCAGCAAUGCCAUUCUGGUGUUGACUCGUUCUAUGGCCCUCCAGCCGGCUUCACUGGCCCUUUCAUUGGUCCCCCAGGCCCCAUUCCAGGUGUUCAAGGUCCCCCCCACAUGGUUGUCUACAACCACUUCGCCCCAGUAGGACAGUUUGGGCAGAUGGGUUUAAGGUUGAUGGGCACUACUUAUAUCCCAUCAGGGAAGCAACCUGAUUGGAAGCACAUUCCUGCAUCUACUGCCUCGUUGGGACAUAAUGACAGCAGCAUCAGCAACCUUAACAUGGUGCCUGGUCAGUGUGAUCCAAGCAUACCUGUGCCAAUCCAGCAUCUGGGCCCUGGAUCUCCACUUGUGCCAAUUGCCUCCCCUUUGGGCAUGUUUGACAUGUCGCCAUUUCAGCCAUCUGCGGACUUGUCGGUGCAAGCUCGUUGGUCUCAUAUUCCUGCACCACCUGUGCAUUCAUUUCCUCCAGCUGGCAUGUCAAUGCCAUCACAGCAAGCAGAGGUGCUUCCUCCUCCCCAACAGUUUAACCAUGCAACGGCCAUGGAGCCAAAUGGAAGAAGGUUUGAUGAAGACCGGCCAUCAAAGCCUUCAGAGGGCAGUAAAACAUUUUCAACAAAUGAUGCAGCAUCACAAUUCCCUGACGAAUUAGGUCUUAAUGAUGCAUCAUCUAGCGGUCCUCUUCCAGCCAGCAAGCCCAUUUCUUAUGGCACUGUCAACAUUAAGGUUCAGGGUAAUGGCAAAAUCUUGUCAAGAACUGGUAAUUUUGGUGAGGGCAGUGGUAUUCAUGACAGCAGCAAUAGUAGCAGCGCUGCUUCACAUGGAACCCAAAGUCCUACUUCUUUUAGGCCCCAAACUACGCAGCCUCAAACUUCUUCAGCUCAACAAUAUGUGAAUCCGAUCGGACACCUAGAACAGAAAGGCAGAGGAGGUACACAGAAAGUGGGUUCAGGUAGUGAAUGGUCCCGGAGGCCUGGAUUUACUGGUAGGAGCCAUGCUGGAGGAGGUGAUAAGAACUUCACUGCUAAAAUGAAGCAGAUCUAUGUUGCUAAACCAGCGUCGAAUGGUACAUCAGGGCUUUGAAUUGCCAAAUUCUAGAAAAGAAAUUUCGUAGAGUUGUCAUCCCGCGUUCAUAUUGAAGUGCUGGCGAAGCAUUUUGGUGCGGUUUUCAUGUCCUUGAAGAGUAAGGCAUGAGUUUUUUUUGGGGAUGAUUGGCAUCAUUUAUUCAGACGGCACAUUGAAUGGGUUAUACGAGUUCCCUGGUGAAUGGGGAAGGGAAUGGCGGCUAAACAAUUUAUUCUCCUAUUCCAGUGUACAAGUGUCCUAUCCUAUCUUCUAGGUUCAAACCUGACAAUGCACAGAGCAAUCUUCUUGUCGCUUAUGCAUUUCAUUCCUGAUAAAUCAUUUGAAAUACGCGAGUGUUCGCUAUUUUGGGGCACCAUGGAUGUCCUUUUAUCUAAUAUCUUACUAUUUUGAUCUUUAUUCAAAUAAAUAUUGUAAGCGACAGCAGAUCAAUUGUUCAUGCAGAAAAGUUUGGAGAUUCCAUA